AUGAGAUACCCCGUGAAAUUGCCGCGGCCAUCGAUAUCGCUCAGGUCGUGUCUGAGAGCUUCACGACGCCCUCCAGGAGUGGCCGCUCAGCUGGACCGCAGCUUCUUCACGCAGUCAAAACGCCAAAAGAGACAGCAGCCAACAAGCUUGCCGGCUACAGUCCUUGCCCUAGGGCUCUUCACGUGGUGGUUGUACCCAACAGACGACUUUGCUCGCCUGUCCGAAAGCCAAAAAGCCAAGAGGAGGAGAAGAGAAGACGAAGAUGAUGAGGAAGAGGCGGACGAUCAGGAGUCUUAUAGACUCGUGACGGAAAAAUCAGACGACGGUGCAUGGGCGUACUUUGCGCGGCAGUUCGAGUUCUUCUCUUCGGCGGCCGAGCUGGAAUGGGCUGCCCUGUCAGAUCGGCUGGUCGAUGCCAUCAUCCCGGAGUGGUGGAAGAAUAUACCUCUUUACGUGAGGAAGCUCCAGCGGGAGCUUUCUGCGUCUCCAGGAUCGCUAGCGGAAGAGAUAUGGCAGGAGGCUCAUGACCCUACGGUCAACCCCGAGAUCCAAUACUCUGCUGCUGUUCGAGUCUCAUCGGAGCUGUGCGACGAAGAGAAGGAGUUUCUCUCGAGACGGAAAGUCGUCACCAGGGCGGCGUUGGCCAAGUAUCUAGGGCUCGAAGAAAACGAUAUCCACCCUGAGGAUGUGCCAACAAUUGCCAUGUGCGGAUCGGGAGGGGGGAUGCGAGCUCUGAUAGCAGGGACUGGGUCGAUGUAUGCGACAGAUGAGGAUGGACUCCUCGACUGUGUCACUUAUACCGCUGGCGUAAGCGGGUCUUGCUGGCUUCAGAUGCUUUACCUCUCGUCCAUUGCGAGAGGAAGCGUCAGCGCUCUUAUACAGCACCUCAAAGCAAGAGCAUCUACGCACAUAGCCUAUCCACCGGUCGCCUUUCAAUCCCUCACCUCACUGCCGACAAGCAAAUAUCUGCUGAGUGGACUGGUCGAAAAGCUAAAGGGAGACACCCAUGCCGACUUUGGAAUCGUCGAUAUCUACGGCAUUCUGCUGGGCGCCAGAUACCUGAUACCUAGGGGCGAACUGGGCGUCGAUGCAAGAGACUUCAAGCUAUCAAAUCAGCGCCUAUAUCUGCGGCAGGGACAGUGGCCGCUGCCCAUAUACACAGCUGUGCGCCAUGAGAUUCCCGCUGAAGAGAAGCAGGACACUGAGAAUCUGGAUGCCCCAGUGAGCACUAUGGAACAGAUGAAGAAAGAACCCUACUUUCAAUGGUUCGAACUUACGCCCUACGAAUUCUUUUGCGAGGAGUUUUCGGCUGGAAUUCCGACGUGGGCUCUCGGUCGACGCUUUUCCAACGGACACGACGUAUCUGAUCAUGGGUUCCAUCUCCCAGAGAUCAGGACUCCUCUUCUCAUGGGCAUCUUUGGAAGCGCGUUCUGCGCGACGCUCAGCCACUACUAUCGCGAGAUUAGACCCCUUCUCAGGACCAUCACCGGUUUUCAGACGAUAGACGACCUAGUAUCGGGCAGAAACGAGGACUUGAGUAAAGUACACCCUAUAGACCCUGCCAUUAUCCCCAACUUCGCAUAUCAAAUGUACGGGAAGCUGCCCAGCACCACGCCCAGGAGUAUUCUGGAAGGGGAGUACAUCCAGCUCAUGGACGCGGGAAUGUCGAACAACUUGCCCAUAUAUCCGCUGCUGCGGCCCGGCCGGAACGUGGACAUUCUCAUUGCCUUUGAUGCCUCGGCCGACAUCAAGACGGACAACUGGCUCUCUGUUGCGGAUGGCUAUGCGCGACAACGAGGCAUCAAGGGAUGGCCGGUAGGCAUCGGAUGGCCAAAGCCGGAUGAGACACCCGAGCAGGCGAGAAAGGAGCUGGAAGAAGCCCAAGCCGCGACAGCAGCCGAAGCAGAACGAAAGGUGGAAGAGGCCCAGGCCGAACAAGAAGACCGUCGAAAAGCGGCUGCAGACGAGCAGAAAAAGCUCGACGUCGAAUCCAAGUUCGCGCCGGGUAGUGAAAACGCAGGGGAGCUCGGCUACUGCUCCGUAUGGGUCGGGACGACGGAAGAGCGAUCCACAGACUCGCCGCCCAUCACGAAGCCCAUCACGGACGACACCUCGUGGCGGCUUCUGGAGCCCGACGCGGGCCUCGCCGUCAUCUACCUCCCGCUCCUCUCCAACGAAAAGGUGCCCGGCAUCUCGCCCGGCACGACGGAUUUCCUGAGCACGUGGAACUUUGUGUAUACCCCUGAGCAGAUAGACAGCGUCGUCCGGCUUGCGCGCGCGAAUUACGACGAGGGCAAGGACCAGAUCAGAGCCACUGUGCGGGCUGUGUACGAGCGCAAGAAGCAGCUGCGCGAGCAAGGUGAGGCGCAGCGCCGAGUGAACACGGGGGAGGCGGCUCUGCUUCAUCAUGGAGAUCAGUUUAGCUAG